UUCGCGCCAGUUUGCCGCAUAGUCGUAUUCUACAGCGGAAGAUGUCGGACUCGGCUGAAGCGAGGGCCUGUUUUAUGAAAUAUUCCUGUCACUUCACUUUUCUAAAACAAGCAGACAAGAACAUUACAGUAAUAUGUAAGCUAUGUCCUGGGGAGAAAAAAUUAUCGUCCGCUGUCAAUAGCACGAGUAAUCUGCUGAAGCACCUGACACGGCAGCACAGACAAAGCCUUCUGAGUGAGCCAUCUUCAUCAUCCAUGGAUAACACCGCGGCAACUCCUGCUAAGCAGACGAAACUUGAUUUCACUUCAGCAACACAGAAAGUGUCUGAAGGUGAGCUUAAGAAAAUGAUUGCAGGCUACGUUGUGGAAGAGAUGCUACCGCUGCGUACUGUAGAGUCUCCGUCUUUUAGGUGCAUAUUAAACAAAAUACCUGUGUGUGGCAAAAAAGCAGCACUGCAUGAUCGAAAAACGUUUUCUACUUACUUAGAUAAGUGUUAUGCUGACAUGGAAAUGGAGCUUAAAGAGACAUUCGAGAGUUUGGAAUAUAUUUCCACGACUGCUGACAUUUGGACCAGCCAUAACAAAAGUUUUCUCGGAAUGACGGCACACUGGAUUGAUCCUUCUACUUUUGUACGAGGACAUGCAGCGCUAGCAUGUAAAAGAGUUCGAGGGAGACACACAUAUGAUGUCAUCGGCAAUGAAAUCGAGCAAGUACAUUCGGCUUAUGGACUGAACUCUAAAGUGACAGCCACCGUGACAGACAACGGGUCCAAUUUUAUCAAAGCUUUUAGAAUGUUCCAAAAAUCAGACUCAGAAGAAGAGAAAAAAGACAUGGUUAGGGCAAUGCUUACUACAGAGUGCCGUGGGUUGUCUCUUGAAGACCAACAACCUGCUCAAGAUCACAAGAACCUUGCUGACUCCACUUAUGACUUUUUUUCAUUUGAGGAGGACAACUGA